GCGAACGGGCUCUUGAGCAUAUUCAAAUACUCACGACAUCAAAAUGUUGAGCAACACAAAGCCCUCAAUGGACAGCGCAAUCCGAAAGCUAAAGGUUCAAACGGGCGCAGUAAAACGCAUAAGCAAGGACCUUUCAUAUUAUGAAAAGGAAGCAGCUAAACAGCAGGAACGAAUCGAUAAACUCGUCGCGGACGGAGCUGACGAACACGACAUUCGCAAACAAAAAGAGGUAUUGGAGGAGACCAACCAGAUGCUUCCAGAGAGUAAAAAGAGGCUUGCAGCUGCGUAUAAAGAGUUGGCGGAUUUGGUAGAGAAGUAUUUGAGUGCUGCUGGAUCUGAGGAAGUUGCACCUGAGGAAGUUCUAGCUGCUCAAACAGUGUUGCAAGAAGUGCGGGUAUAAUAACCAAGAUGUACAUAUAAUAUAAUAAUUUCAUAAAUAUCUACGAACAUCCCCGAUCGCUCCGAUGCACUUCUUGGCCUGUUCCCUCACCAACACGGCCCCAUCCCCAGAGCACAUCC